AUGGCUGUAACGAGCGCCGAGCCCGCAAUGGCUGGGAAUAGGAUAAAGACCGAGUCGUCUGAUGCCGGAAUAGCUGGCGGAAGAGGUGCGAGACAACCGGCGAAUCCAUUGCUUGUCAAAAGCAAAGAUGGCUGUUUGAGCUCGAAGUUCGAUGUUUUCGUUUCGGGAGGAGAGAACGAGAUGCCAAUUCUUUUCAGGAUGGAAGCGUCAUCUCGCAUGCCCAUUUAUGUGGCUGCUGCUUUCGCAACAGGAGCUAUAUGCACCAUCGCAAUUGAUAGACUCCUUCGCUCUGAGGGAGGAAUAAGCCGGACGGAGCCUGGAAGCGAAGAUGCAAUGAAUGGACUCUCCACAGCCAACGGAAUAGAAUACCAUGGACUCCCAAAGAAACCACAGCCUCCCCCAAUAGUGGACGGCAUUGAAGGUUGCAUCGGGAACACCCCUAUGGUCCGUAUACGAUCUCUAUCAGAGGCGACAGGAUGUGAGAUACUAGCGAAAGCAGAGGCUGAAGCGAAUGGCCUUCUUACUCCAUUUGUGGGAGAUGCCAUCUAUGAAGGCACUGUAGGUUCUACAGGAAUAUCCCUUGCCACCCUGGCAAGAGCAAGAGGAUACCUAGCACAUAUGUAUGGAAUCAAUGAUCAUACCUUUUCUCUGGCAAAUUGCAUGCCGUCGGAUCAAUCGACAGAAAAAUCAAACCUGCUCCUUAAACUUGGGGCGGUCGUUGACAGAGUUACCCCGGCUCCCAUUGUAGAAACGGGCCACUUUGUCAACAGGGCUAGAAGUCUGGCGCAUUCCCACGGAAAGGCGGCACAAACUUCGCGUGAAUCUUCACCAUUUGAAAAGCCAAAUAUAGAGGCCAUGACCUCGGAUGCUGCUGCUAAACAAAGCCGGGGUUUCUUUGCAGACCAGUUUGAGAAUUCUGCCAACUGGCAAGCCCAUUAUCGAACGACAGGGCCAGAAAUCUAUGUACAGUGCGAGGGUAAGUUGGACGCAUUUGUUGCCGGCGCUGGAACGGGAGGUACCAUUUCUGGAGUUGCACGGUAUCUGAAACCUCGAGUUUCGAACAUGACCGUCGUCCUUGCGGACCCUCAAGGCAGUGGACUGUAUAAUAGAGUCCGCUACGGCGUGAUGUUCGAUACAAAAGAAAGAGAAGGUACAAGGAGGAGGCAACAAGUCGACUCUAUUGUGGAAGGAAUAGGGAUUAAUCGGGUCACUGCAAAUUUUGAAGCUGGCCGAGAGCUAGUGGAUGACGCUGUAAGAGUCACUGAUGCACAAGCCGUUGCUAUGGCACGUUGGCUGGUGGAGAAGGAUGGUAUAUUCAUUGGCAGCAGCAGUGCUGUAAAUUGUAGGUCAUUACUUGUCAUCAUACAUGCUCUUGCGGGAAGUAUUAACUUAUUUAUCUGCACAGGUUUUGCUGCCGUUAAAACGGCCCUAAAGCUUGGCCCUGGCCAUAGAGUUGUGACAAUCCUCUGUGAUUCUGGAACCAGACAUUUGUCAAAGUUUUGGGCGGAGGCAGGCAACGUUGGAGGAGCCGUCGGCACUAAGCUUGAGGACGUUCUUAACGCUAAGGAGUGA